UAACAACCUCAUUCAGGCCUAUUUGGGAAGGAAAAAGCAUGAAAGCAGGCUUAUCUGGAGAUGAAAUGAGAUUGCAGUAAGGUCUAGGUUCUAAAUGGCUUCUAAGAAACUGGGAUCCGAUUCUCAUGGUCCUUUCAGUUAUCUUGAUGAUGUCCCAUUUAAGAUAGGAGACAAAUUCAAAACCCCUGCUAAAGUUGGAUUACCCAUUGGUUUCUGCCUUCCUGAUUCUCCUCAGCUUAUCAGAGAUACUCAGUAUGACUUCUCACUGGAAAAGAAAACAUUUGAUUGGGCUGAAAAUAUCAGAAAAAUUCAAGCUGUCGAGAGAGAAGUUGAAGCAAAGGUAAAAGAAGCGAGAGCGAAGCCGAAGGCUGCUUCGGAGGACAGCAAUAACCGGGGGUUCUCAGAAGGGCCCUGUCCCAAGGCCAUGCCACCCCCUAUUAACCCCAUCCUCGCUGGGCUGCUGCACAAUAAUAUUCUUACUCCCACGCCAGCCGACAGCAGCGCCGUGAAGCAGAAGAUUCUUAGUCCGCCUCGUCCAAAAGCAGAUUUCAACCCAGCCGAUUUUGAAUGUGAAGAAGACCCGUUUGACAAACUGGAAUUAAAAACUAUUGAUGAGAAGGAGGAACUAAAAAACAUUCUUGAAAUUCACGUUGGUACUACGGGACCRAUUGUUGCUCAGCUGUUAGAUAGUAGUUUACCCAAAGGAGGGCCUGAAUCUGUGCUAGAAGAUCAAGAAGUUCUGGCGUCCAUAGAAAGGGCCACGUUGGACUUCAAGCCCCUUCACAAACCCAAUGGCUUUAUCACUUUACCACAGUUGGGAAACUGUGAAAAGAUGUCCUUGUCUUCCAAAGUGUCCCUGUCCCCUAUCACUUCAGUGAGCAAUAUCAAAUCCCUAUCCUUUCCUAAACUUGACUCUGAUGAGAGUGAUCAAAAAUCAUCAAAGCUCACGAGCACUUUCCACAGCACUACCUGUCUCCGCAAUGGCACUUUCCUGAGCUCUUUGCAGACCUGUGCUCAGAGUAAAGCUAGCGAACUGAACGGACACCACGUGGUUGGUCUUUCUGCUCCCAGUGGCAUGGAGACAUCAGCGUUAUCCUCCUCAUCCAGGCUGCCUUCUCUGGCUGUGUCAACAGUUUGUACAGAAGAAGAAUCAUCAUCUCAAAGCACAGCGACAUCGGUACACUCAGACUACAAGGAAACAGAAAUCCCUGUGGUAACGCACCAAAACUUUGCAGCGUCUCAAGUGCCCAAUAACUCCAGCUGCACGAAGCGGCCCGGCGGCGCCAGCCCCGAGCUGCUGCAGGCCCUGUCUGCCAGCGAGAGGCAGUGCAUAGAGACAGUCGUCAACAUGGGCUACUCGCCGGAGAGCGUCCUCAAAGCCAUGAAGAAGAAGGGGCAGAACAUAGACCAGGUUUUGGAUUACCUGUUUGCACAUGGACAGCUUUGUGAGAAGGGUUUUGAUCCACUUCUUGUUGAAGCAGCUUUGGAAAUGCAUCAGUCUUCAGGAGAGAAGACCACGCAACUUCUCAAGCUAAUGAGUCAGUUUAAAGAAAUGGGCUUUGAACUAAAUGACAUUAAGGAGGUCUUAUUAUUACACGACAAUGACCAACACGACGCUCUGGAAGAUCUAGUGGCCCGUGCAGGAACCAGCUGAAACCGCGUCCGUGGGUCGUCGGCGCGCAGCGGAGCAGGAGCAGCCCCGUCACCUUCACGUCCAGCGUGACUUGCUCUCGCCAGGAAGGAGUCCAGCUUAUCGCAUCCACGGGAGAGGACUUGGCAAGCCUGCCUGUGUGCAUUACUACAGCAUUUCUCAACGGAGAGCCAACUUUCUUUCUGAAAUUAAAAUUUUAAAGUGCCCUUUCCUAAGUUUCCUUUUUCCAGCUUGGCCACGGAGAGUUUAGACUGCCCAACUACUGGAAUUGUAUAUAGGCAGAGACAGGAGUGGUUCUUUUUCCCCUACUGUUGCACUGGAGUUGGACAGAAGAAUAUGAAGUUGGUUUUGAAACUAGGAGGCUUUGGUUCUUUAAAGCUGCUUUCAUGGUGUCUGCUUGUACUGAAUUAUUACUUGACUGUCACAGUCCAGAUUAACUGGCCACAUUUGACCUUUAGUGCAAUGGAGUUUUAUUUUUUGGUUGGAAGCUAGUCUGUAACUUAGUAAAACACUGGUUCAGAAACUGUCGCUAUGCAUAAAGAGAGAAGCUGUUCCUCUUCCUGUGUUUUUUAUUACUUUUGACCCACGCAUCCAACACUUCUGCCAGACAUAAGCAUCCAAUGCUGAGUGGUGUGUAAGUUCUCUUGGAACAGGUAAGCUGUGAACUCAAUCUGCACCUGCAACUUGCGUUGGUUCUUGAACCCGAAGGCAAAGAGCUGGGGCUCCGUGUUCUUCGCCCCCAGGUUUGUAGGUUAUUUAAGGAAAUGCCCUGCCAGGAAGUCAGUUAUCUUUUGUUUUAAAUAAUAUUCAGUGUGAAGCAGGAAGUUUCUUUUAAGCACUUUCUUUUGAGGAAAAAAAUAUACUCACUGCAUUAGUUCAAUUCUCCCCACUGCUAUAGAAAUACGUAACAUCUAGCACUAGAAAUGAGGUUUGGGGUUGUUUUUGGUAGUACGAACUGUAUUACAUUGUACAUUGUUCAAGUUCUGAAUACAUAAAAUAUCAGCAGUCUUGAGGAAUCUUUAAUUUGCUAAAUAUUUUGAUUCUGCAGAAAAACAACUAAUAAAACCCUCAACUGUCCUUCCCAGUGUCAUGGGUCGCAUCUCUGCUGCUCUGUGGCUCCGACCCCAGUGGGCCCAGGUGCUGCCUGCUCCCGUGGGCCCGUGAGCACCGCCAGCCCUGCAGACGUGUUUGUCCCUGGGGCCAGUUUUGGCCUUGAGCUGGAGCAAAGGCAAGUCUAAAGCCUCAGCCUCGCUUUAGAGCACGGAGCUGGCGCUGGGCUCUGCUCUCGCUGCCUCCACUUAGGUUUUUCAGGAAGGGGCAGCGCCUGGGGCUUUGGGUAAAGCCCAGUUUUCCUCCCUAGAUGAGGAGUGUGUCAGCUCGAAAGCAAGGAGCUGGGCAUCCUGCUAGCCAGAAAAGCUGGGAGGUGAUCCCAGUGCUGUGGACUUGCUCCUGGGUCCAGUUUGUGUUACCUGAUCCUCUGAGCUGAUAGCUAAAYAAAAGCCCCUGCCAGCAGAAUAAGCAAGAAAUCUUUCCAGUGGAAAAGUAACUAUUUAGGUCGAUCAAACGUCUCGAUAAAAGCAUCUAGGUGGUUUUGUUCAUUUAAAGUUUGUCAGAGUUGCCCUCGCAGAGGAUUGCAGUGAAAUACAGAGGAAAAGGGCGCUGUUGCAGGA